UUGGCAGGUGCAGUAUGCCGUCGCAGUGGCUCUUGAAAUCGGCUCUUGGCUGCUUUGGACUGACGUGAAUCUGAAUAAUUUCCUGCUGGGAAAUUUGCAAACGAGAAGCAGCCUCUUCUUCGCAGGAUUGAGUGUCUGCAGAUGAGAAUUAGACAAAUCAUGCAGAAUUCAGUCGAGUCCUUCAUAAAUGCGUUAGAGUCAUACAGAGGAAGAGAUAAAGUGAUAAGGACGCUCUGCUAUGGGUCUCAGCUGGUAGGUGGAGUUCUAGCUGAAAAGAGCUCUCAGUCUUCAUUGGGGAAGAGUCUCCUGCUGUUCUCCGCUCAGUUGAGUGACUGCAGAACCACUCUCAGGCUCUUUGAUGACCUGUCCAUGCUGGCGUACUCCACCGGCUAUGGGUUAGGAGCCUCGGAGGAGGAUGCUUUGGUGCGCUGGAUGUCAAUUCUGAAUAAUGUAGCGGAUCAGUUGUAUUACCCCUGCGAGCACAUCGCCUGGGCGGCAGAUGCAGAGCUCAUCAAAACCAAAUCUGACAGGUGGUGGGUGCUGAGCACAGGCCUCUGGGGCAUAUCGCUUAUCCUCAGCAUACUCAGAUCCAUUAGGUCCAUCCAGAUUCUGAAGAGAAAAUCGCAGACGUGUCAAAGGUCAGCUUCAGCUGAGAGCAGGGAGGAAGCCUUUUCUCAGAAAGCUGUGCUCCAGAGGCAGAUCAGAGGGGAAGUGUUCAGCAUCCUGAGCAGUUUGGCAGAUCUCAGCAAUGCUAUUCAUUGGAUGCCGCCUGGAUUCCUGUGGGCUGGACGGUUUCCUCCAUGGCUGGUGGGACUGAUGGGAACGACCUCCUCACUGAUAGGCCUUCUACAGAUGAGCUCCGGUGAUCAAGGAGCAUGCUCCUGAAGCGUCACUGGAUAGCUUUACUCUUACAAAUCUUUGAUUUCAAAUCUGUUGCUAUUUGUAAUAAUUAUGCGUUAUGUCAUAAUUAAUUAUUUUGUUUAAUAAUGUGCAAUUUAUGCAGGCUAACUGAGAAAUCUGUACA